AUGGUGCCGCCACAGGGACUUCCUAUGGUGCGGAAGGAGAGGCGGAAACCGGAGCCAGAGGCUCGGGUCCAGUGGGCUCCACUGGAUCGGAGACAAGGCAAGAGACUGGUCGUGGAGGCGGAAGUGAAAGCGGAGGCGCAACCAGUGCGCCGACUCUGCUGGCGGCGCCUACCUCGUCAGUGCAAGGCAUUGUGGGAGAAGAGAGACGCGUGGAUGCACCUGAACCAGGCUUCGCUGAGCAGGGACCAGAGACUCGCGCAGACACUAUCGGCCAAGCUGGUACAAGCGGAGGUGGGUCAGCUACUCAAGAAGUUGGUGCGCAGGGCGGAGUGUUUUCUCGUGAGUGGAGUGAUGAAGCAGCUACGAGGGAUUUCCACACCCCGAGAUCGUCAAGGUCGUUUGGUCCUGGUGGCGCCUUUCCGCGCCCGGGAUUCCAAGGACAGUUGCCUGGAUGGGCCUAGGCUGCUGAAUAUGGGUGAGUUUGAUAGUGCUGGAGAUGCAGCUGAGGGAGAGAACAAUCGCCUUCAGGAACAGCUUGCAUUGGCCCGAAAGGAGGUUCAAGAUCGGCGAGCUCGAGAUGAGUACCACCCAGAGAUCUUGAAUGCCCACCUGGUCCCCGACCUGAUCCAUGGCGUGAUCCGCUGGGUGCCCUGUGGGAAGAACUUCAGUCGAGAAGAGACUCAGCGACCAGAGCCCUUGGCAGAAGGGAUAAGCGCCAGAAGUGUGGAGGAGAGCGCAACUACGGCCAUCCUUGAGGCUUUGACCAAGAACCUCACCAGUCUGCAGGAGCUACAGGCGAAGUCGAUGAAGAGGGACUUGGACGGUGAUGACGUGCCGGAGCAGGUGAAGACCAGCACGGUGAGUUUGCCUCUUUUACCUGGACCAGAGGGUGCGAGUGCAGGCAUCAUCUUGCAAGACUGGAUGGCCCAGGUUGCAGUACCGAUGCAGGACCUGUCUACGUCUUCAGGGGCAUGGUGGACUGGAGUUGUGACUCUGGUCAAAGAGGCCUACUCGAAGUGGUUGGCAGCCACUCCGUUGGAGCGAUUGCAGCUUGAGCCAGUGGUUCAUGAAGUAUGGACUGGGACCAAGUGGACGCGUGUGAACUCUAGAGCGUGCUCUUUGAUUUUGCCGAGCUUGGUCGAAGCAGUGAAGUCGGACCUCAUCGCCCGUCGUGCUGUGCAAAGUGCUCCACUGAUCCUUUUUAGGCUUCAUACGUGCUACCAACCGGGUGGUGCGUCCGAGCGCGCAGCAGUGCUGGCGAACCUUCAGAGUCCGGUGCAGCCCCCAUCGCUGGAUGAGACACUCACCUGGUUGAGAUCGUGGCCGCGGUGGGUGCAAAGAUGCAAGGACCUCAACAUGAUGAUUCCGGACGGAACCAUCUUAGCCAAGGCACUCACCUCAGCCACGAUGAAGCACAUGUCCGAGAAUCAGGACACCCACUUUCGUACUCAGCUUCUGAGGUCUACGCUCAGGAUCGAUGGGCAGCCGGCGUUCGGGGAUGUUGUCAAAUAUCAUCAGCACUUGCAGGCGGAGGUGGAGUCAAUGUUGGCUUCGAGGGCAGCGGCGCCUAUGCCAGCGCCUACCAUCAAGGUGCUGGGUGCAGGAUCGACAUCUACUACCACUCCAGCGAGCCCUACUACCAAGCCACCCUGCAAGUAUUUCCUGAAGCCGAGCGGCUGUCGACGAGGUCAGCGAUGUCCGUAUCCCCACGACCUCAGCGGACUAGGCAGGAUAGAGCGCUCAAAAAAGUGCCUUGCCUGUGGGAGUGAAGAUCACCGGCAGAAGGACUGCCCCACGAAGGUUGUGAAGCCGAAUACCAGGACCCAGAUCAGCCCGCAGUCACCUACGACGGCUAUGCCUACCGGAGCUCCCAAGGUGAGCAGCAUGGAACCUGAAGGGGAAAGCUCGCCUUCGUCGACCUCCCAUGUGGUUACAGGAGAGCCGGUGUGGACACUUGAGAGCUUACUUCAGGCGGCUGCAAAAGUAGCUGGCGUCCCACCACAAGGGCCAAAGCCGCCGUCAGUAAAUGUGCUGGCGUUGAAGAGGGCACCUACCAGCUCAGAUGAUCUGUCGAUGUUUGCCUUGGUUGACUCAGGUGCUACUCAUGCAUUGCGCCGUGCCCACUCACAGGAGGAGUGGAGUGAAGCAGAGUCUGUUACGGUGAACCUGGCAGGCGGGGAGUCGAUUGGGCUUCGGAUGAAUGCUGCAGGAACAAUUCUGGUGCCGGUGUCUUCGGUGACGUCAGCGACCUCAACAGCCCCAAUUGUUCCCCUCGGAGCUUUGGUUUCCCAGUUGGGGUAUACUAUGACCUGGGGGAAAACAAAGUGCAGGCUGGAGGGCAAGAAUGGCGAGCUGAUCACUUUGCGAGUUCGUGAAGGGUGUCCAGAAGUAACUGAGCAGGAGGCCUUGAAGUUGAUCUCGCAGUUAGAGGACGCCCGUCUGCAGGAGCUUCGCAACAACACGGCCGAGACAAGGACCCGGGUGAGGGCAGCAGCGCUUGCGAUGGAAAAGACGUGGUUCGAUCACCUUCUUGCGUAUGUGGACGGCGAGCUGUCCUCAGAGGCCCCGAAGGCCGUGGAAUCGGCACCCUUCUUGCAAGAAGUCCCGGCACCGUGCAAAGUGGGCCUUACGGAGCCGUUCCCGGAAGCGAAUGGAUGGCAGGCACUGAAGGGCCUCGAGCACUUGAAUAGGAGGACUAGAAAGAGGCUGUGGUCUUCAAACCAGUGGGUAGUGCAUUUGUUCGCGGGCAAAAAGGAGAAGCGCGACCUCUACCAUCUCGAAGGCCAUGGCUACUGUGUUCUGGAGCUGGACAUUGAGCGGGGCCGCACCCACGACCUUUUGAGAUCCUCAACAUGGCGGGCUUUGGAGUAUGGUGCUAGGAAGGGCAAGAUCGCAGCGAUCAUUGGCGGACCGCCCCAGGGCACCUUCAUGAUCUCCAGGCACGUUACAGGAGGGCCAGAACCUGUCCGUUCAAACGAGUACCUGUACGGGAACUGGGCAGGGCAAUCGGAUUCGGACGUUUGGGAGGUCAAUCGUGAGACCCAGCUCAUUACGAGGAUGAUCUACCUUCAUGCGCUAUCUACGGCAGGGAGGAUUCGCUCGGGCCCCACUCCGGAGUUUCGACGAGAAGUAGCUUUUCUGUUGGAGCAUCCCAGAGAUCCUCGUGGCUACUUGAAGUUCCAGGACCCGUUGUAUCCCGAUGUGGUGAGCUUUUGGAGGACCUCGCUGUGGACAGAGUACGCGAUGGAAGCCGGGCUGAGUACUCAAUGCUUUGACAUGGCAGCGUUGGGAAAGGCCUUUACCAGACAUACUACCAUCGGUACCAAUCUGUCUCUCAGGCACCUCAAUGGCCUGAGAAUGCGGUGGCACACAGACGGGCCGGCGCCUGAAAGAGCUCCAGCAUGCGUGUGGCCUGCGGAGUUCAUGGAGCAUGUGGUGUUGGCACUGAGAGAGUGGGCGAAAGUUCCCAGGAUGUUGAAGAUGAGUGCGGACCAAUGGCGCGAGCACGUGAGAAAGGGACAUCUUCCUUUCCGUGCCGAUUGUGCUGUGUGCGUACAGGCAGGAGCAACUGGUCGUCGUCACGCACGAGUAGAACACCCGUCGGCGUUUGUGUUGUCGGCGGAUUUGUCUGGGCCGGUUAAAGUCGGAGGUGUUGAUCCUGAGGGACGUGGUGCAUUCCCAAAGCCGUUCAAGUACAUCUUCGCGGCGAAGCUGAAAGUCCCUAGGAACUUUGUGGAAGAUGGCCGCGGUGCUUGGGUUGAUUAUGAUCCUGGGGAGCUAAGUCCUGAAGCCUAUGAAGAAAAAGAUGAUGGACUUGCAGAUGAACAAGGAGAUCGGGAGGAAUGCCGUGCUUCCCCAGGGGAUGGUGAUGCCGAUGAAGAGCCAGAGCGAAAAGAAGUUCCCCGGAGAGAUCAUGAAGAAGACCUCGAUCUGGCUGCGCCUGAGAUGGUGAACCUUAUCUUUGCUUGUGGCUUGAAGGACGAUAAAGCUACCACGGUUCUUGAGGCGAUCCAGGAUGUGGUGCUCUACUGCAAGGCCCUCAAUAUUCCGGUGCUCAGGUUCCAUACGGACCGAGGUAUGGAGUUUCGCGCCAGAGCCACUCGCCAGUGGCUAAAGAGCGAAGGCAUUCGCGUGACCGCCUCGGAGGCGGGAGUUCAUCAGACUAAUGGAGCGGCCGAGUCCACGAUUAGGUGGCUGAAGCAGAGGGCAAGGACUUUGCUACUGUCGGCAGGACUCCCGCAGCACCUGUGGGCAUCAGCUAUGAGUACGGCAUCUUCAAUGCAGCGUGGAGAUGUGUUGGGGUUUGAACCUAAUCUGGCGGCUCCCUAUGGUGCGAAAGUUAUGGUCAGGAAGCGCCACCUCGACGGACCAAAGCUCGAUGAUCUGGCACCCAGGUGGGUGUCGGGGGUGUACGUGGGGCUGUCAGACAGCCUAAGCAAAGGCCACCUGGUGUAUGUGAAGGACGAUGACGGUGAGCGUUUUGUUCACACACUUCAUGUUCGAGCUGGCUUACAUGAUCCGGGACCGGUUGAUGGCGAAUUUCACGCCGAGCUUCCAGAGCCACCUGAGCGGCGUGUUCGAGGAAAGUCGGCAGGUUCUGGAGAUGUGGUGAGCGUGUCCAAGGCUGAAGUGAUGGAUGACUUGGAGUUCAAGCGACGGGCACAAAGUCUUCUCAAGGACUGGGUCCAGGAGGAGGCGGAGGCUUUAGUGAAGGAGGUUGCUCGCUUGCUGCCAGACGAUGAGAAGAUCUAUGGAAUGUUUCGUCACGGAGGACGUCUGGGAAUCACCAAAGCAGCCGUUGAGAGACCAUGGUUCGCAAAGGUGCUGGCCAAGUUGCUGAAGACCCGGGCCCCGGAUGCGGAGUUUGCGGCAGUGUAUGUUUCGAUGAACAAUGAGCGUGAGGUUCACAUCGACAAGAACAAUGCCAUGGGGGCCGUGAACUACAUCCUCCCACUGAGUAUGCCAAGACGAGGUGGAGAACUGUGGAUGGAGUUGCGUGAUGGUGACGUGGUGUCGGGAAAGGUGAUUGAGUUGAUCUCCGGUGAGGGAAGGGCCAGAUAUGGAUGCGCUUUUCCACUUCAGGAAGGCACAGUGUUUACCUUUGAUCCCCAUAGACGUCAUGCAGUGCUUCCAUGGAAAGGUGAAAGGAUUGUGGUGGUUGGAUACACUCCUGGACUGCUGGAUUCGAUGCCUUGCCUCGACAAGGAGAUGCUGUGGGACUUUGGUUUUCCUUUGCCGCUGGAUGAAAGCGAGUCAGCUCCAGAAGUGUAUAUCAAUGCUUUGUCAGUGUCUUCGGUGAAGCAGCACAAGCGAGUUGAGGAGGAGGAUGUUCCCUUGAGAGGAGGUGAUUGGCAAGAGGUGAUUGAAGCUUCGGAUGGGGAGUACCUCUUCAAGUGCGACCGAGCAAUUUCUCACCGGAGCAGCGGUUCUUUGCCCUCCAGUUCGGCAGCUGUGUCGCCGCAGGACACCAGCCCAGCGCAGGUUCCUGUUGAGAGUUGGAGUGAGUGUGAAAUGCAGUUGGUGCUGUGUGAAGGGCAGGGUGAAGUGAGCACAGCGGUAGUUCCACCAAGAAGCAAUCGGAACCCUUCGUUGUACAAGGUUGAGGUUACCUACACUGAGGGAGUCGAGAGUAUUCUUCAAAGCCUAACGUCGCCCCUCUCCGUUGUGUACACCGUCAAUCCCAGGGAACUGGCGCCAGAGUUUGAGAAAUGGGCACCAUCGUUGAAGAAAGAGAUGUCGUCCCUGGACCAUGCGGUGGAAAAGGUGAUGUCAGAUGACCCGGAUGUUCGUGAUGAUUUGGCAUCAGGCAGAGGGCAACUCAUUCCGAUGAAAGUAGUCUACACCGUGAAGCCGCCUGAUCAACCCUCUCAAGGCGGGCAGCCCACAGAGCACUUCAAGCGGAAGUCUAGGAUCGUGAUCUGUGGGAACAUGGCCUCGCAUCAUGCUGGCGAAGUGUACGCGAGCACGGCCCCAGCAGAGAUCGUGAGGGCAGCUAUCGCCCUAGCCAGGUUCUUCAAUUGGAACUUGGGGCUGAUUGACAUAGUGGCAGCGUUUCUACAAACACCGUUUAGCGCGUUGAAAGGUGCGCCGCUCGUGUACGGCGUCCCUCCUAAAGUGCUAGUACGUGCAGGACUAUGUCGCCCCGGCGAAUUGUGGAGGCUGACUCAUGCAGUUUACGGCCUUCAAGAGAGUCCGAAGCUAUGGGGUUCAUACCGAGACAUGAGGCUAGCGCAGGUGCAGUUGGUGGUGGACGGGAAACGAGUGACGCUACUUCAGGGUCGAGUUGAGCCUUCGUGGUGGUCCAUCAUGCAAGAGGGGUCGGUCCUGAUCGGGGUGUUGGUGGUCUACGUUGAUGACCUGUUGUUGUGCGCAAGGACCGAAGUUAUCAAGGAGCUGGCUGCGGCGAUCCAGUGCAUGUGGAGGACGAGUCCUCUCCAGUUGGUCACCGAAGGAGAGAUUAGAUUUUUGGGGAUUGAGAUCUCGAGAACAACCCAGGGGUUUGCAUUGUCUCAGAAGUCCUACCUCGAUGAGCUGUUGCGUUUACACGAGAUCCCCGCCAGAAAGCGUGACCUAGUCCCCGUGACCAAGGAGCUGGUAAGUUUCGUUGCUGCUGAAGAUGAAGCUCCCAAUGACGAAGGAGAGGUUCGUGCGGCACAACAGAUAGCUGGUGAACUGUUGUGGAUCAGUCAGAGGACACGCCCUGAUGUGGCGUUUGUGUGCUCGUUGAUUGGUUCAUUGGCCACGAGAGCUCCGAGAAGGGCGCUGGAGAUUGGACUGAAGACGUUAGCGUACCUUCAAAGGACCAGUGAGAGGAGACUAUUGUUCGAAGGAGGUUCCCGCUACCUCGCCGGCUUUGUGGACGCGUCGUUCGCCCCAGACGCCAACCGGUCUCAUACCGGUUGGAUCAUUCAGCUGGCCGGGAAUGUGAUAGCCUGGCGAUCUUCGAGGCAAUCAUGCAUAAGCUUAAGCACAGCCGAAGCGGAGCUUGAGGCAGCGGUUGAGGGGCUGGUUGCGAUCCAAGGCAUUCAGGCGGUGUUGCAGGACAUUGGCGCCGGGAUGUUUGCCAUGCAGAUGCACUCAGAUAGCACCUCAGCGCUAGCGAUAGCUCAUGGGUCGUGCAGCUGGCGAACUAGACACCUUCGGUUGAAGAGCGCGUGGAUCAGCGAGCUAAUUGACAGGAAUGUUGUCGAGUUCAGCCAUUGCCAUGGUGAAGUUCAGCCGGCGGAUAUGUUGACGAAGCCGUUAUCAUCUGCAAGGAUCAAGUCCUUAAGUUGCCUGGUUGGAUUGCUUGAUGAGAUGGAGUCUUUGUGCUCGGUGGCUUCAGUCCAGGAGGAGCAGGCAAGCAGCAGCAGACAGUCCGGCAGCCCAGCAGCACAGCACCUUAACCCGAUCCCUAAGGUUCUAAUUGCUCUUUUGGUACUGACUCAAGCUGUAUCGGGAGAAAGAGUUCAUGAAGAACAAGGAGUGGUAGUCUAUGGAAGUGGAGUUUCUGUUGACUAUGGAUUGGUGACAUGGCUGGUGAUGUGGUGCCUGGUGUUGGUUGGUGUUUUAUCCUGGGAAGCACUGAAGUGGAUCGCGUGGAUGAUAUAUGAUCGAGCAUCCCCAGGCUCGACACAAAGGAGGCUUCGACGUCUUCAAAGGUUGAGGGAUGCGACGGCCGAGGCAAUCCACCGUGAAGUGAGUGCCCGGGUGGGUUCUCGAGCUGAACAGCGGGCUCGGGAUUCCAGGGAGAUGCCUAGGAACCAGUUACCAAAUCCACCACGAGAAGCAGAUCCUCACGCCGAGGAGCGAAUGAAUCUGCUUAGACGGCUAGCGCAUGGGGUGAAAGAGACGAGAGAGGCGGCGAUUCAAACCUCCGCCUUUACUCCAGUGCAUGGCCCUUCGACGAGGGUUAUUUUGAGGUAUGUACAUGAACCCCCCGAGGCUACCUAUGUGGUUCCAGAAAAUGACUGCUUCCAUGUCUAUGAGGACUGCCAUGCGUUUCGACACAGAGGCACUCUGCAGAAGGUCGAGCGAAGAAGGCUUUGCCGAUACUGCAGCAAUCGGGCGUCUGAUGAUCCGGACAAAACGCCGGACUACGGGCGGGACCUUGAAAGGGCUCGCGAGUACGAGCGUGUCUUCAACACCACACUUCUGACAUCUGGACAGAGUUCUGGAGUGGCCGAAGCCUGA